AUGCGGGAAAUCACUUUCCAUUUGCACGAACUCAAUCAAACGAUAGUGAGCGGAGGUACAUUGAUCUUGGCCGCCGAUGAAAAUUUUGGAAGCAAAGCUCAUUCCUGGAACCUUAAUAGCUCUCUGAGCGACAAAACGGAUUACUUCAGCGGAAGGGUCUUCUCGGGGAUCAAAUUCAACCAUACGAAUUUCCGCGAUCGUCGUGUGGGAAACUCAUGCUUGGGCUUCCAUGUGAAGCUCGAGAUGAAUGGCGAGCGCCUUGCAUGGAAUUGUCUCAGGAUCCACCCCGACUGGAUGGGCGAAAUCCUUCUCACUCAUCCCGGUUUCGGUCGGUAUGUAUUCUCAGGGUCCCUCCCUCUGACGUAUUUGGCAGUGCCAGGAACGCACAACGCCGGUUCCUUCAAAGUUUUCGAGGGAACCGACGACAUGGACGAGUUAUAUCGCGACUGCCAGGAAGAGGACACGUAUACGCAGCUGAUCUACGGUUCUCGAUAUCUUGAUCUUCGACCGGGUAUCAAUUAUGUCAAGCAGGUCAAAGGAAUCACGGAAUUCUGGAUAUUCCAUUGGGUCCUCCAGACGAAUAAUCGGCUUCGAGAUGUUCUGCUUGAUGUGAAGAGGUUUCUGGACGAGCAUCCGGCUGAAGUGGUCUUCGUCGACUUCCACGAGUUCCCUUAUUUCUUCGAUCAUUACGCAGAAUUAGACCAGCUCGUUGAGAACUGUUUGGGGGGCUACAUCUUCAAAGGGGACGCUUUCAAAACGACACUGUCAGAAGUUCUAGCGUCUGAUCAACGAGCCGUCGUAUCCUUUGCAGAGGGCGCGAGACUCUCCAAAAAGUACCUUCCCGGCGUGCAGCACAUAUGGGCCGACACCGACGUGCUCUACGAUCUCAAAGUAUUUGUUGAACGCACACAAAUGGACAAACACUUUUCCGGGAGACGGUUCCUAUAUUCGGCGAUGGCUGAACUCACACCAACCGGUUGGGGCAUCGCGACAAAUCGCUACGAGGGGGUCCGAGGUCUGGCACACCAACACAAUCUACAGAUCUCUUCGUGGUGGGUGUCAGAUCCCUCGUACCGGGACUCCUCCAACAUCGUGUCGGUGGACUAUCUGAUGUCGUCGGACAUCGUGGAGGCGUGCAUAUCGAUAAACUCAGAACGCGCACAACAGGGAAGCCUUAGCAGGAACGGAAAUCUUCGGAGCUCCGACGGGAGACGGAAUCUGGCGUCUAACGUAUACGGUCACGCGACCUUCCCUUUCCUCCCACCAGCUUAG